AUGGAAGGUACACCACUCUGCAUCCGCUCGGUGUUCAUGCUUCAGAUGUGCCAGUCUGCCAUUGGUCAGCUGAGUGUUGUUUCUCUCCACCCAGAGAGCGUGAGGAAGGCGUUUGAGGAGCGGAGCAUCGCGUCUGGAGGUGACAAAGCAUUCAAACCUCAUCUGACGUUUUUCAAACUCUCUCAAGCACCUAAUCUACGCAAGCAGGGCGUUAAGAAGCUGGAUCUGGUGCUUUUCUCUGAGUUCGAGGUCCGUGUGUUUGGAGACGAAUGCGUGUGUAGAGUGGACCUGUGCUCCAUGCUGAAGAAAAAGAGCGCAGAUGGAUACUACCACCGAGAGAAGAGCGUCAGCUUCAAUCUUCUGCAAAGCAGGCAGCGUGCCACUCGGACAAGUGUUAAGAAGGCCCCGGCCCCGGAUGAUGAGGAGUUAGUGAGUCUGAGUAAGCGGCUGGUGGAAGAUGCUGUGUUGCGGGCCGUGCAGCAGUACAUGGAGGAAACUCAGCAGAACGGCGCCGCGCCGAGAGACCAGGCUCCGCUGGGGGCCGCCAGCAAACUCAACACCACCAAAUGAGCACGAGAGCCCUGAGCCGUCCCCCGAGCCGACCGCCGGAGAGCCACAGUGCCUCCACCUGCCAGCGGCGCCAGAGCGCAGCCGAGAGCGAUUGAGCUGAAGAGAAGGGCUGUGGAGAUCAGGCCGGAUCUCUGGACAAACACAGCACUCAAUCUGAACUUUAUUUCCCUGCCUUCCCCGUCCUGCAUCACUCCUGUCUGUGUGAAUUGGGUGUGCGUUUGCUCAGAGCAGAAUGGAUCAGGAAAGAGAGUGCAGGCGGACGCCAUAAAGACACUGUUAGCACAGGAAAACGUUCCAGAUACAUUCGGCCGUCAGAGGAAGUCCACACUGAAGCUCAUGGACACACACAACCAUCUCAAAGUAAAUCACACACACACAGACCUUCACCAACGUGCAAACCAGCAGAACAUCUCUCUCACACACACACACACAUUAGUUCAUACUGACACGAGGCCGGCCUGAAGUAAGCUUAAUGUAUGAUUUUUGAGGGAAUUAAAAUGUAUAUGAGCUGAUUUGAGCAUUUGAUGUCUGUAAUGCUUCAGAUAAGCAGCCACAGUGGCCUUAGAGAAAUCACACCUUGUUAUGUUGCUGAAGAACAUGCCCUUUCAGUUUCGUUUCAUUCAUGUCCUGAUCUUUCUUGAGUUUGGCCGUAUUGAUGCCGACGCACUGUGAUGUCAUUGUCUAACGUUUGGUUUCCCACUUUUUUUACUCUUGAAAAUAAAGGAGGAGAUGACAGCGAGUGAACGUGACUCAUUCUCUCCACGGCUCUGUGUUAAUGAUGGAGGGGGAGUCUGCUGUAGAUCAGUCUUGUGUCUCAGAGUCAUGUUGGCAGGGUUUUUCUGAGAGCAACGCCUCCGACUUUACGUUUGACUAUUUUUCUCUCGUCCUCUGAAAUAAGCAUUUUGCCUGGCGUCUGCUGAGCGUGAGAGAAAUCAAAGCACGAGCCUCGACUCAUCCGAGGCUCUGGAGUUCUGACACGAGAUCGAGAGGUUUGUUCGAGGUGAAGCCGUCACAGGCAGAAACGAGAUUGAGUUUCUUAAGCCCUAUUUGGUAAUUAUUUCUGUAGACGAAUGAGUGCAUGGAUAAAACUUAGGAAUUCAGAUGCCAAAUAAUUCACUGAGGACGAGUUUUUAGGACUUAAAAAAAAAAAAGGAAUCUGAUGAAUUGGACGUUCACUUCUCUCAUGGUGAAUUCUCCACAUAAUAUGUAUAUAA